CUUUAAAAUCCAAAAACGCCCCUCCCCCUCCCUCCAACCGUCCUCCAACUCCAAGCCCCGCGUCGCUCCCAGCUCAAAUCCCCGCCCAAUGGAGAACCCACCAGCGCUUCCUUCGCCGGAGCCCGAGCCCGAGACCGAGGUCUCCCAGGCGCCGCCGCGAAGGCUGCUGCGGCUGCGCUGCGCGGUGCAGCACUACGAGUGGGGUCAGCGUGGAGCAGCCUCCCUCGUCGCGCGCCUCGCCGACCACAACAACCCCGACCCUGCCCGCCCCUACGCAGAGCUUUGGAUGGGCACUCACCCGUCCGGCCCAUCCUCGCUCGUCGACGAUGGCUCGCUUCUCAGGGACUGGCUCGCGCGGAAUCACGACGCGCUCGGCCCCGCCGUCGCCGCGCGCUGGGGAGGUGACCUCCCAUUCCUCUUCAAGGUCCUGUCGGUGGCCAAGGCGCUCUCGAUCCAGGCGCACCCGGACAAGAAACUCGCCGAGGUGCUGCACGCGCUGCGGCCUUCCACUUACAAGGACGAAAAUCACAAGCCGGAGAUGGCCAUCGCCAUCACGGAGUUCCGGGCGCUUUGCGGGUUUGCCGGUAUUGAGGAGCUCAAGGAUGUCCUGAGGACAAUUCCUGAAAUCCAAGGCCUAGUUGGGCAUGAAGAUACUGGCAAGAUGAUGAACAUGAAGGAGUAUGAUGGAGUUAGUGAAGUAAAAUCCACUUUGCAAUCAGCUUUUGCUAAGCUAAUGACAGCAAGUAAAGACAUGGUUUCUGAAGCAGUUGCAAAACUGAUCAGUCGCCUGAAUACUGAGAGCAAGAUUAGGACCUUAACAGACAAAGAACAGCUGCUUUUGUCCUUGGAGAGACAAUAUCAAGACGAUGUUGGUGUUCUAGCAGCACUUUUUUUUAACUAUGUCAAGCUCAGUCCUGGCGAAGCGCUUUAUAUUGGUGCAAAUGAACCGCAUGCAUACCUCUCGGGGGAAUGCAUUGAAUGUAUGGCCACCUCAGACAACGUUGUACGCGCUGGUUUGACACCUAAAUACAGAGACGUGCAAACUCUCUGCUCAAUGCUAACAUACAAACAGGCUUUCCCAGAAAUUUUGCGCGGAGUUCCUGUGCAGCCACACGUAAGGCGCUACACCCCUCCAUUUAACGAGUUCGAGGUCGAUCGCUGCUUGGUGCCUCCAGGUGGAUCGCUGGUUGUCGUACCCCCGGUACCAGGUCCAUCCAUCUUUCUCGUAAUGACCGGGGCAGGCGAGAUUCAGUUGGAUUCUGCGUCAGAUGGAGAAAAGGCAGACGAAGGUGAUGUUUUCUUCGUCCCAGCAUACACUGAGGUUAAGAUCUCUGCGUGUGGCCCCGAGUCUCUGCAGCUGUACAGGGCCGGGGUAAACAGCAGGUUCUUCAGCUAACAGGCGCGUCGAUCUUUGGGGCUGUCGUAAAGUGACCACACUGUAGUUGUAGGGAAGUUGUCAUAUACGAGAAAUGAAACGGUUAGUUAGCAAAAAGGUCUCAUAUAUACUAAUGUAUAGGGCUGUAGGCUGAUGAAAGAAUAAUCUGGUUCCUUUCAUAUCUUCUUGAUAAUUCACUGUAAAGAUGCCUUGCAGUGCAAUCCACGUUGGAUGCGCUAGAAAGAAAUAAAGAUGAUGAUUAGUAUC